AUGUCUGAUAAUUAUUACAAUGAUUGGCAAAAGUUGUGUGAUCGUCCCAAUCGAUCCUUCGACACUGUUUACAUUGACCAAACUGUUAAAACCCAUUUAUUGAAGGAUUUGGAUCGAUUCAUGAACAAUGAACAAUUUUACAGAGAAAAUGGUUUAAAUUUCCAAAGAGGAUAUUUAUUAUAUGGAUAUCCUGGAACUGGUAAAACUUCCUUAAUUUUGGCAGUGGCUGCUUAUUUGCAAUGCUCAGUAUUCACCUUGUCAUUGAGUGAUAAGAGUUUAGAUGACACUAAACUCAUGGCAUUGAUGACUCAAAUUCCAAGAAGGGGUAUUAUUCUUUUAGAGGAUAUUGAUGCUGCUUUUAAUGAGAAUAGAAAAGCUUCAGAUGAUGUUCAGAGAGUGACAUUUUCAGGUUUAUUGAAUUCUCUCGAUGGUGUGACUUCACAUUCACAAUUUCCAAGAAUUAUUUUCAUGACAACCAAUCAUCUGAAUCGAUUGGAUCAAGCUCUUAUUCGACCAGGAAGAAUUGAUAUGAAAAUUGAAUUUGGAUACUCCUCAAGCGAUCAAAUUUAUCAAAUGGCCAAUCGAUUCUUUAAGAAUGAAGAACUUGCUACCAAGAUUGCUCAACUUUUACCACAACAAAAACUCACUACUGCUGAAGUUCAAACUUAUUUGAUGAGAUUUAUUUAUGAACCUGAGGAUUGUCUUUUACAUGUUGAGGAAUAUCUUGAGGAAGUUGAAGAUUUGAGAAAAAAGUUGGCAAAGAAGGAAGAAGAAGAAAAGGAAGAAGAAGAAAAGAACGAAAAGGAAGUAAACGAUAAAGAAGACAGUAAGGAAAAGAACACAGACGAGGCUCUUGUCAUUUCUACUGAGAACAAAGAAACCAAUGGAUAG